AACUUCAGGCCUAGUCGCCGGAUGGCGGGAUCUGAGGGCACAGAGCCAGGCUACGGGACGCGCCAAGGUUGACGCGAGCGCCGCUAAAUGAAGCGAGUGGAACAGUUCCGGGAUCUUGGCGAGCGGGCUCUCGGAAACAUACCCGGCUCGACUGGUAGCCCAGAGGAGAGUUAGAGCUGCUCCCUGAUAACCCUGCUGCUAAAUGUAGUCAAAGCAGUGACUUGAUCCUGAGCUUAGCACACUUUCUGAAGGUAAAUAAAACCUGGUUCCUGCCCUCAGAAAAGAACAUAGGCUGUCGCGGGAGCUUCCGCUACUUAAAGUAGCAUGGAUCUGCCCGUAGAUGAGUGGAAAUCAUACCUAUUUCAGAAGUGGGCUUUGCUCCCAAAGUCCAUUCAGGUCACAAUUUCUACAGCAGAGACUUUGAGCGAUGUCUUUCUUCACACCUCUUCGCUUCUUCAAUCUGAGGAUGAGAUGUUUUUAAAAAGGCUUUCUAGGAGUUACCUUGUGGGAAAGGACCCCAACGCUCCCCUUUUCUACAGAGAAAAAGGAAACAAAAAAUUUCAGGAGAAGGAUUAUAUGGGAGCCACAGUGCUGUACUCUAAGGGAGUAUCGCACUCGAGGCCGAACACUGAGGACAUUUCGCUGUGUUAUGCCAAUCGCUCUGCAGCCCUCUUCCACCUGGGUCAGUAUGAAACGUGUCUUAAAGACAUCAUCAGCGCACAGAUGCAUAGGUAUCCGGAAAGAUUGCAACCCAAGCUGAUGCUGCGAAAGGCAGAGUGUCUGGUGACUCUAGGGAGACUACAGGAGGCAAGCCAGACCAUCAGUGAUCUCGAAAGGAACCUCACUGCCAACCCAACCCUAGCAGCUUCCCAGUUUCAGAUUCUGCAGAGAACCCUUAGUCGUCUGAAAAUGAAGGUACAAGAAAAGGAGAAUCUCCCAGAAACCUUCCCAGAAGCUCUAACCAAAGCCUUUGAGGACAUGGACCUAAGGGAAGAGAAUGAACAAAUUUCCAGUGCAUCAUCAUCUGUCAGCUUAUGUACAGACCCUUUAAAAGGCCGCUGUCUGAUUGCCACAAAAGAUAUUCUCCCAGGAGAGCUCCUGGUGAAGGAGAAUGCUUUUGUGAGUGUCCUUAACCCGGGAGAAAUGCCUCCACUAUGUCAUGGCCCGGAGAGCAAGUGGGAUACCAGAGUUACCAAUGGGGACCUCUACUGUCACAGAUGUUUGAAGCACACUUUGGCCCCGGUUCCCUGUGAUGGAUGCAGCUAUGCCAAGUAUUGCAGCCAAGAGUGUAUGCAGCAGGCCUGGGAUCUCUACCACAGUGUAGAAUGUUCUCUAGGGGGACUGCUUCUCACACUGGGGGUCUUUUGCCACGUUGCCCUGAGGUCAACUCUUUUAGCUAGAUCUGAGGAUGUUGACAAUGUCAUAAGGAAGCUUUGCGGUGAGAUUAGGAACAAGGACAUCUGUUUACCUGAAAGCAAGAAUCUGAUGCAAACACUCAGGGAUGACCUAGGAGGGGAGAGUGAGGAAAAUGGUGAAACGGUUGAGACCCCAAUUCCUGGAUGUGAUAGUAAUGGGAAGUAUGAAAAUAAUUAUAAUGGUGUCUUCAGCCUUUUGCCCCAUACUGAAAACCAUAGCCCAGAGCACAAAUUCCUCUGUGCUCUCAGUGUUUCUGCGUUGUGCAGGCAGCUGGAAGCAGCCAGUCUACAGACCCUCACAACGGGUCUGAAAUCCUCUCAGCCGAAAGCAGCAAUGGCUCCUGCGUUGUGUCAAGACUUGCAUAUUUGGGGAGUGGCCAUGCUGAGACACGUGUUACAGCUGCAAUGUAAUGCUCAGGCAAUAACUACCAUACAGCAAACAGGAUCUAAAGACCACGUCGUUACCAACAGCAGGCAGGUCCGCCUGGCCACAGGCCUCUUCCCCGUUGUCAGCCUCCUGAACCAUUCCUGCAGCCCCAACACCAGCGUGUCCUUCACGAGCACUGUCGCCAGCAUUCGGGCAUCAGAGCAGAUCGGAAAAGGGCAAGAGAUUCUCCACUGCUAUGGGCCGCACGAGAGCAGGAUGGGUGUUGCUGAAAGGCAACAGAAGCUGAGGUCUCAGUAUUUCUUUGAAUGCAACUGCCCAGCCUGUCAAAAUGAGAAGCACAGACCCGCUGCAGGGCCCAGGUGGGAAGCAUUCUGUUGUAACCGUUGCAGAGCACUCAUGCAGGGAGCUGACGUGCUGAGCUGUGACAACACAUCUUGUAUGGAAGCAGUCAGCAGGGAUCACCUAGUCUCUCGGUUACGGGACCUUCAGCAGCAGGUUGGGAUGGCCCGGAAGCUUCUAAGAAAUGGUAAACUAGAGCGAGCCAUUCAGCUAUUGUUGGGGUGCCAGCGUGAUGCUGAGAGCUUCCUGUCAGCGGAACACAGCGUGGUAGGAGAAAUUGAAGAUGACCUGGCCCAGGCCUAUGCCACCUUAGGGGACUGGCAAAAAUCAGCUACCCAUCUCCAGAAGAGUCUCCAAGUGGUCGAGGUUCGCCACGGGCCAUCCAGUGUUGAAAUGGGCCAUGAGCUCUUCAAACUGGCCCAAAUCUUUUUCAAUGGGUUUGCGAUACCCGAAGCUCUGAACACAAUACAAGAGGCAGAGAAGGUUCUGUUGGUGCACUAUGGCCCUUGGAAUGACGAAAUCCAGGAGCUCCAAAAGAUGAAAUCCUACUUAUUGGACUUGCCGCCCAUUCCUGCGGGGCCUUCAGUGUAGGGUCCUACGGGGACUUUGACCCACAGGAAAAGAGCCCGUGGAACAUGAGUUAAAGAGGUUCUGUUGCCACUGAGCUGUCACCAGGAAAUACAGGACUUGCUUGACAGUCACAUGCUUAGUGUCUGAGGGGUGGGAAGGACUCGGAAAGCAUUGCAGUUGGAGAGACGCUCACCUAUUUUGAUGACUGUUUCUUGAAAUAGUUAAUUGCCCUCCAGUAAAAAGUCCCAGUUCCCAGAAAAGACCUAAAACGAGCAUCUAGAGAGCCUAAGCCCUUUAAAAGGAUUUUAGCUGAUCUGCAGGCGUCUGGAUGUUAGCCUGGGGUUUGGGCCAGAUGCCACCUCACUGAAUGAUGAUGGUCUGUCUCCCUGGAACAGUCCUAUGGCUUCCAGUAGUAAUGAAAUGUGGUGUACCACUCCAGUGGGGACGUAAACUCCGAGUAGUGGUAUUGUGAUUGAAAAAUAAUUACAAAGCAAGAAAUCAGUAAGGCUCCAUUCCUCUAGAGACACAGUUUCAUUUACGGUAUCUAGCUUCCUCAAACGCUUUGUUAUAACUGGUGGAGUACAAAUUGUGAAUAGAGAAAUAAACACAGGGCCAUUUUAUUGUCAGGCAAUUUCUUCCUAGGAUGGCAACUCUCCGUUUGUUUUCGACCAGUUUUCCAGUCCUUAUUAUCUGGCUUUCAUUCUAUACUCUUGGCAGACUCAACUGACCAAACACUAAUAAAAUCAAGCUUGUAGCAGUGACUUUAUAUCACGUGGGCUGUCUGAGUUCUGUUUAUUAGCAAGCCUGAAAAGAGAUGACUUUUUUCUACCAGCCCUCCCCAAGCUGGCAGAUGAAAUACAGCCUGCAUAAGUAGUGAGAAGGGGAAGAAACAUUUCAGAAGGUACUGAGGGUAUAGGCAUUAUUGCUUGUGGUUUCAAACUUCAGAGGCCCAGGUAGGG